UAUUUGUUUCAUACCAGGUAGUUUGUCGACGUCGUGAUCGAGUGUGUCAUCUUGGUGUUCUGUGGCGCAUGGCUGUCGUGUCCUCAAGCUGAGUUUGCCGAGUGCAUUUUACACUACACUUUAUUUUACCGUCGCUGGCCCUGUGUUGGAAAUAUGGUCAAGCCAAGAAAGAAAGUGCCGGCGCAGUCUCGCGCUGAGCGUAUGAUGCUGACCGUGUCGGACAUUGUGCAGCAGCUUGUGGAGGCGCACAAGGAAGGCAAAGAUGUGAACUUGAACAAGAUCAAGGGUGCAACGUCCAGUAAGUAUGGCUUAUCGAGUCAACCUCGUUUGGUAGACAUCAUUGCAGCUGUACCGCAAGCUCACCGCAAGGCACUGCUGCCCAAGCUGAAGGCAAAGCCAGUUCGAACAGCAUCCGGAAUUGCCGUCGUGGCAGUGAUGUGCAAACCUCACCGUUGCCCACAUAUCAACAUGACCGGCAACAUCUGUGUCUACUGUCCUGGUGGUCCUGAUUCUGAUUUUGAGUACUCUACACAGUCGUACACCGGAUAUGAGCCUACCUCCAUGCGAGCAAUUCGUGCUCGGUACAACCCGUAUCUCCAAACCAGACAUCGGAUUGAUCAGCUUUCUCAACUUGGACACAGCUGUGACAAGGUGGAGUUCAUCGUGAUGGGUGGAACGUUCAUGGCUCUUGACGAAUCCUACAGAGAUUACUUUAUUCGCAAUUUACACGAUGCCCUCUCUGGUCACAGCAGCAGUUCUGUGGAGGAGGCUGUCAGAUACUCAGAGAAAAGUCGUACUAAGUGCAUUGGUAUUACGAUUGAAACACGGCCUGACUACUGCUUGAAACGUCACUUGAGCUCCAUGCUGUCAUAUGGUUGUACUCGAUUGGAAAUUGGAGUGCAGAGUGUGUAUGAAGAUGUUGCCCGUGACACAAACCGGGGGCACACCGUACGUGCUGUCUGCGAAUCGUUCCAACUCGCCAAAGAUGCUGGCUUCAAGGUGGUCGCCCACAUGAUGCCGGACUUGCCAAACGUCGGACUGGAGAGAGACAUGGAACAGUUCACGGAGUUCUUUGAGAAUCCUGCUUUUCGCCCGGAUGGUUUGAAGAUUUACCCAACGCUUGUCAUCCGCGGAACUGGACUGUAUGAGUUGUGGAAGACGGGCCGCUAUCGCAGCUAUCCACCGGAUGUGCUGGUGGAUCUCGUCGCUCGUAUCUUGGCACUGGUACCGCCGUGGACCCGCGUGUACAGAGUACAGAGAGAUAUUCCCAUGCCGCUGGUAUCAUCAGGUGUAGAGCAUGGCAACUUGAGAGAAUUAGCCCUGGCUAGAAUGAAGGACCUUGGAACUGAGUGCCGUGAUGUACGGACGAGGGAGGUUGGAAUUCAGGAGAUCCACCACAAGGUUCAGCCCUAUCAGGUUGAGCUGAUUCGCCGUGACUACGUUGCCAAUGGCUCAUGGGAGACGUUCUUGUCCUACGAGGAUCCGGAGCAGGACAUUCUGAUUGGUUUGCUGCGACUGCGCAAGUGUUCUGUAGACACAUACCGUGCCGAGCUGAAGGAUGGCUGCUCCAUUGUUCGAGAGCUGCACGUGUAUGGUAGUGUGGUUCCUGUCAACGCACGUGACCCUGGCAAGUUUCAGCAUCAGGGCUUUGGAAUGCUGUUGAUGGAGGAAGCAGAGCGCAUUGCUCGCGAUGAGCAUGGCAGCCACAAGAUUGCUGUCAUUUCAGGUGUUGGCACACGCAACUACUACCGCAAGAUUGGCUAUGAGCUUGAAGGCCCAUACAUGGUCAAGGACUUAUGAGAACAGUGACAGAGCUGGAGUGUUCAGAUGCGGAAAUACCAGCAGCAGCAGCAGCCAGUAGCAAUAACCAAGUCAAGCAUUGCUACCUGUGUACAUGUGCAUAUAUUGUAAAUACAGCAUGGAAAUAAUCAAUCGCUUUGUACAUAGCCAGCUUCUUUUUGCAGAUAGGAAAGAUAACAAUAUAUUUGCAUUGUUGAAUGAGAUUCAUCAAGAAAAUUUUGUUUUCUAUUUGUUCCCAAAAAUAAAUAGAAUGCAUAAGAUUAACAUGCCAUUGGCGGUGCUGAAUAAGUUACUGUGCAUCUUGAUUAAAGUUUUUUUUCUCAAAUUUCUUCUCCAUUCUGCUUCUUUGCUCUGCAUUGCAUAUUAGCAGUAUAGUCUCCUUUUCCGGUUGAUCAUGCCGGGCAAAUUGUAAA